CCAGUAGGAACGUAUCUCAACGACAACUUUUAGAACUACAUAGGUACAUCUCUAGCGCCUCUCGAUUUCUUCAAACCACCAAGCCGUCAACUACGCAAACGCCAAUACGCAGCUGGUCAACAUGGCGGACAAAUUGCGCACCCAGCAAGAACUUGAGCGACUUCAGGCCAAGUACGUCGGCACCGGCCAUCCGGACACGACUUCGUGGGAAUGGAGAACAAAUGUUGCGCGUGACACCUACUCCAGCUUAGUCGGCCAUCCUCCCCAACUAGCCUACAUCUCGCUCGCGCAGAAUGAGCCUGCAGCCAAGGUCCGAGCUCAGCUUCUACGCAAGAUGAUACAACCAUGUGGUGCGCCUCCUCCACGCGAAGGUGAAGAGCCCAUACAGAGACUUGCCUAAUCUGCAGCAUUCGAAUCGGUCAAUUUCCGAAUGACAGACAUAGUGGGCAUGCUUGACAAGUUGAAGAAUCAGAGGCGACUGGAUUCACCCUUCUCAGACCCAGAUAGACGAUACGAGGUAGCAUUGUUGAAGUACG